UAGCAUUAGCAUUUUAUGCUAGCGUUAAAGCUAAAACGAAUCAAGAUAGCAUUAGCUGUUUAUAACAUGAAAAACGACUAGUAGGUUCUACUUAAAGUGUCCAUCGGGGUAUAUUAAUUUUUACCCUAAUGUGUUUUAUUACACCGUUAUGGCAGGGAGGAAAAGAAAAGUAUCACCGUUAGCAUCAGCACCUGAACAAGCUGUAAAUAAUGAAGAUCAGGCAGGUUUUGAAUUAAAGGUUUCACCUGCUAAACACAAAACUCACAUUAGUGUAAAUACAGUAAGAGCUGAGACGGAAAAAAGUCAUUAUUUCACCAAAACUGACCGGAAGUCCAGACUGGGAGGAGAUUUUUUCAAUCAGCCUUGUAUCAGUUUGGCGAAAGCCUUCCUUGGCAAGGUGUUGGUUCGGAGACAAGCAGAUGGUACUGAGCUGCGAGGACGAAUCGUGGAAACUGAAGCGUAUCUUGGCGGAGAAGACAAAGCCUCACAUUCAGCAGGAGGAAAACGCACAGAGAGGAACACUGCCAUGUUUAUGAAGCCAGGCACCAUCUAUGUGUAUCCAAUCUAUGGCAUCUACCUCUGUAUGAAUGUGUCUAGUGAAGGGGAUGGUGCUGCCGUGCUGCUGCGUUCCCUUGAGCCUUUGCAGGGUCAGCCUGUCAUGAGGAGGCUGAGGGCAGCGAGACGCAGAGAGGGAGCACGACAACUGAAAGACAAAGAACUCUGCAACGGGCCGUCAAAGCUGUGCCAGGCUCUAGACAUACCGCGUUGUUUUGACCGCCGAGACCUCGCCUCAGACCCAGAGGUGUGGAUGGAGAACGACCCCAGCAUGAGUCCACCAGAGGACCAGGAUGUAGUGUCAGCACCACGCAUUGGGAUCGAGUCCCAUGGGGAGUGGGCUAAGAAGCUUUUGCGGUUUUAUCUCCGUGGGCACCCAUGUGUCAGUGUGGUGAAUAAAGAAGCAGAAAGAAUGACUGUGUCUGGAAAUGUAAUGAACAGUGUGGAUGCCUCUGAUGUGCAGGCUAACACAGGACAGCACAAAGUCAAAAGGACUUCACAGGAAUGUUCCUGAAACCAUUUCACCAUCUGUUUCCUUUGUAGACUUGACUACUUCAUCAGAAUACAAACUAAAGAAAUGUGUCGUGUUUGUUUUAAUAAAAGUAUAAAUUCAUGUCUGUUUUUUAAUAUCUAAGAUUUCAACAAGUCAGGACUGCAGAACAACCUCCAUGGCAUCAUUUUAAUGUGUAAAUAUUACACAAACAGAUCCCACCUUCAUUGUAUGGUGCUAUAUAUGCAGGCGAAGUAUUUUAUAUUGAAAGG